UUUGUUGAAACCUUGGGAAACUGGUUCAGGUCCAGGUUUUGCUUUGAUCCUUUCAAAAACUGGAGACGCCGAAGAGGGCUCUAGGAAAAAGUCUUGGAUGGGAUGAUGUGGAAACCACCCUGUGACUCUCCGCUGCCAGAGCAGGCUCGGCGCUGCCUCCCCAGAGCAGCCUUCCCCCGGCGGGGGUGAACGAGCCGCCGCAGCCGCUGCGUCCCCAGUGCCCGCCGAGCGUCAGCCCUCGCCCCGGUCAGCCAGAUGCACCUCCUCGGGCUUCUCCUGCUGACAUCUGCCCUGGGCGGCCGCAGACUCGGGACCCAGGCCGAGUCCGGCCCGAGCGGUAAAUCCCAGUUCUCCAGCCACAAGGAGCAGAACGGAGUGCAAGACCCCCAGCAUGAGAGAAUUAUUACCGUGUCUACUAAUGGAAGCAUCCAUAGUCCCAGGUUCCCUCACACUUAUCCCAGGAAUACGGUGCUGGUGUGGCGAUUAGUAGCCGUAGAAGAGAACGUCUGGAUACAGCUAACGUUUGAUGAACAGUUUGGGCUUGAAGACCCAGAAGAUGACGUGUGCAAGUACGAUUUUGUCGAAGUUGAGGACCCCAGUGACGGAACUCUCUUUGGACGUUGGUGUGGCUCUGGUACUGUGCCGGGAAGACAGAUUUCCAAAGGAAAUCAAAUCAGGAUCAGAUUUGUGUCUGAUGAGUAUUUCCCUUCUGAACCCGGGUUCCGCAUCCACUACAACCUUGUCCCUCUACAAUUCACGGAAGCCGUGAGUCCUUCAGUGUUACCCCCCUCAGCCUUGCCCCUGGACCUGCUUAAUAAUGCUGUCACAGCGUUCAGCACCCUGGAGGACCUCAUUCGGUAUCUAGAACCAGAUCGAUGGCAGUUGGACUUAGAAGAUCUAUAUAGGCCAACUUGGCAACUUCUUGGCAAGGCUUUUGUCUUUGGAAGAAAACCAAGAGUGGUGGAUCUGAACCAUCUAAAGGAGGAGGUGAAAUUAUACAGCUGCACCCCUCGCAACUUUUCGGUGUCCAUCAGGGAAGAGCUAAAGAGAGCCGAUACCAUUUUCUGGCCAGGUUGUCUCUUGGUGAAACGCUGUGGUGGAAACUGUGCUUGUUGUGUCCACAAUUGCAAUGAGUGUCAAUGUGUCCCAAGUAAAGUCACCAAAAAAUAUCAUGAGGUCCUCCAGCUGAGACCGAAGACCGGUGUCAGGGGCUUGCACAAAUCGCUGACCGACGUGGCCCUGGAGCACCACGAGCAGUGUGACUGUGUCUGCAGAGGGAACGCGGGAGGGUAACUGCACGCAGCCCCUCCCGAGCAGGGCCCCGUCCUGACCGAUUCUGCUCCAGAACUGACAAGCUCUCUCCCUCCUUGAGCUCAGGUGUCUGCUGCGGGGACCUGGCAUCUACAAGGUUUACAGUACAUUCGAAAGGAGGAGCCACCGGCUGGGAUUGGGCGAUGUGGGACAGUUCUUUUGAGAGGAGGCCCAAACGGACAGGUCUUCC